AUGUUGACCUCACGAGAAGGAUUCACGGUCGACGUGAUUGCCAGAUGGCUCCGAAAAUCAGUCCUCAAUCCAUACCUCUCGAUACCGCUUGCAACUGGACUGGCGGUGGUAUCAGCAAAAAAGAACGGAGCGGUCGGACUCUCAGACAUCAGAUUUGACACCGCUCAGCGCGUUGCGUUCCUCGCGGCUCUAGCAAGCUUCGUCUUGUCAACCACCGAGUAUCUCAACAAAUGGUCAGCAAACAACUGGACGACAGACCACACAUGGGAUUUUGACAAAGAAAUAAUUGUUGUCACCGGUGGCAGCAGCGGCAUCGGCCACAGUAUCAUCAAACAUGUCUUGGCCAGAAACCCCCAGGCGACUAUCGUUGUUGUCGACCUGGCUCCGCUAUCAUGGGAGCCUCAGAAAGGUUCCAACAUCCACUUCUUCAAGUGUGAUCUGACCGACACAAAAGCACUCAAGACUCUUUGCACGUUGAUCCGAACUCAAGUCGGCGAUCCUACCGUUCUCAUCAACAAUGCGGGAAUCGCACGGGGUUACAGCGUCAUGGAAGGCUCGUACGCAGACGUUGAGUUGACCAUCAAGACAAAUUUGCUCGCCCCCUUCCUGCUUACGAAGGAAUUUUUGCCGCACAUGGUUCGCACCAAUCAUGGCCAUAUCGUCAACGUCGGGUCGAUGAGUUCGGUGGUUCCCCCAGUGAGAAUUGCUGACUACUCUGCCACGAAGGCUGGGCUCACCGCAAUGCAUGAGUCACUUCAACUUGAGCUGAAAUACAUUCACAAAGCGCCCAAAGUUCGUCAAACGCUUGGAAUCUUUGGCUUCAUCCGAACGCCGCUGGUUCCCUUUGACCCCGGUCAGCCUCACUUCAUGAUGCCGCUCCUUCAUGUGGACUCGGUAGGAGAGGCCAUCGUAAAUUCCCUUUACAGUGGCUUCGGACGGACGAUCUAUCUGCCCGGUAUAAUGUCAUCUGUGACAGCCCUGCGAGCUGGUCCUGAGUGGUUGUGGCGUCUUGCGAGGGAGACUACUGCGAGCGCGAAAGAUAUCGCGUAUACGCCAAGGCAAAAGAUUGAUGACACAACUGGUCAAUUUGAGAUGGUGGAACCUGCAGAGAAGUGA